AAUCUACAUGCAUUACUUUUCUACAAAAAUCAACUGUAUUUGCAUGUGAUUCACACAAUUGCAAUAAUUGUCAUUAAAAGUAUAGUACCAUUGAUUAGAUGGUGAAACCAAUUGAGACAAUUAUGCCGCCGACCACACCAUCGCCUCAGGCUAUUAAUCGCCUCCAGAAAGACUAUAUGCAACUAAUAGAGGAACCGCUCGACAACAUUGUCGCGCAUCCCAUCGAAGAUAACAUAUUUGAAUGGGUCUAUGUGUUUAGGGGGCCGACAGAGACGGCCUUUUCGGGCGGUAUCUAUUUGGGUUCGCUAUCGUUCCCCGGGAACUACCCUCUGGACGGGCCCGCCAUCCAUAUGAAGACCCCGUCGGGCAAAUUCAGCACAAGUGAAAAGCUGUGCAUUUCGGGCAUCAGUGAUAUGCAUCCCGAGACGUGGACUUCAGUUAACACUGUGUCCACUAUUUUGUUGAGUUUAUUUAGUUUUAUGGCCGAUGACAAGUGCGGCGCCUUCUCCGGACAGGACCCCGAGAUAUUCCGACUGUCGGCCGACACAAUCAAAGCACGUCAGGCAGAGUUGGCCGCCAAGAGCUGGUCCUUCGCUCUCAAUGAGCCGUUAUUUCGCCAAUACUUUCCCCAAUUCAUCGAUACAAUUUGUUAUCCCCGACCCGUUGUGGUCAAGCGCCUGAUUAAUGAAUAUUACAGGCUAUUGAUUGAUCCGAUUGACAAUAUCAUCGCACAUCCCAUCGAUAAUAACUUAUUUGAAUGGGUAUAUGUGUUGAGAGGUUUGCCGGACACCCCCUUUAAUGGAGGCAUAUAUUAUGGCAAACUAUGCUAUCCUUACGAUUUCCCAUUUCACGCGCCGGCGAUAUACAUGACGACCCCAUCGGGUAAAUUCAGUACAACCGAAAAGCUGGGUAUUCCGGGUAUCAGUGAUGUGGCGCCCGAGGGCUGGUGGUUGGGAAAUACGGUGUCUCUUAUUUUGUUUACGUUAGCCGUAUUCAUGUGGGACGACAAGAGCUGUCCAUUUCCGGGCUACGAUCCGGCCUCACUAUGGCUGCCGAUCGACCAAUUAGAGCGACGCCAGAGAGAGUUGGCCGCCAAGAGCUGGUCAUUCAAUCUCAAUGAUCCCCACUUUUGCGCACAGUUUCCACAACUCGUCGAUACAAUCCCGAGGACUAACCUUUCGGCCACUCGUCUAGAGAAGGAAUACAAAGAUCUGUUGAGAAAUCCGAUCGACAAUAUCAUUGCACAUCCAAUCGAAGACAACUAUUUUCAAUGGGUAUACGUGUUGUUGGGUCCGUCGGACACACCCUUUUCGGGCGGCACAUACUUCGGUACUUUGUAUUAUCCAAAGAGUUACCCCUUCGCGGCGCCGGCCAUAUACAUGAGGACCCCAUCGGGUAAAUUCAGUACUGCAACCAAAUUAGGUAUUCCGGGCAUUAGUGACGUGUAUCCCGAUUUGUGGAGCUGUGCCUAUACGGCGUCAACUAUUUUGCUCACAUUAUCGGCAUUCAUGUGCGACGACAAGUGCAUUGAAUUUGUGGGCAAAGAUCCCGAAUUAUCACUCAAUGAGCCAAUCAAUGAAUUACAACAACGCCAGAAAGAUUUGGCCGCAAAGAGCUGGUCAUUCAAUCUCAACGAUUCCCUCUUUCAACAACACGUUUUACAAUUUGAUGAUACAAAACCUUCAAAUUACCAGGAC